CAUCAACCACGUCGCACUCAACAGAGGGAUUGACGCCAUCCAGUAGUGACUCUGCAACUGUCCAACCUUUAGAAAUUGCACUGCUGAUUGUUCAAUAGACCAAAAACCAGUUGGAGGUAGUCAUAAAACCAUUUACCAGUCAUCAUGAAGAUUCCUCCGUGCCAGUCUCAUUGUGUUGUUCAAGUAUUAUUCAGUGAUUUCAAAACAUAUUUAGUGCUUAUGUUGACAUUGAUGGGCAGCUGUGUGCCCCCAAUCGAAGGCUGUCCCUCGUCAUGGGUUCCCCUUUCCACGGGUUGGUACACGUUUUCCGCGUUCCGAGGAACCUUCGAGAUGGCGCAGAGGUUUUGUUCCAUCAUGGGAGGAUAUACGGCCAACAUCACGUCUGAUUUGGAAUACCACACUCUGAUCGCGGAGAUGCAUAUCCGAGAGAAAGAUUCGGUUUGGGUGGAUGGCAGCACUCGACCCGAGCACUUCACCUUGGAUUGGCAGUCGCAUUACGCACCUGGUGAGCCCAACCAUUCCGGGGAUUGUUUAUAUCUCUCAGCUUCCAACGAUUUCAAGUGGAGAGAUACCAGUUGCCGAAGACUAAAGGGAGCGUUGUGCGAGAGGCAUGAUUGUUUUCUGUGGCAAGAUUUGGACGCUUUCACCCCGAGGUCAAUCACAACCCCCAAAACGCCCGAGAACGAUGUCCCAACCAGGGACGGAGAUGUUGAGGACCAAUUUGCCGUGGAAAUGUUUGAUCCUGUCGUGGUUCGAGAUCGACCAGCCAUAAAGGAGCAAAGUUCGAGUGGAUGCCAGACGAUCGAUGGGGUGCCUUGUGUUUUGCCCUUUAUCUACGAAGGAACAUCGUAUAGCUCGUGUACGGCCAUUGGAGACUUUGAUGGACGGCCUUGGUGUUCCACCAAUGUAGAUGAGUCUGGCCAGCACAAAGGCGACGAGAACUGGGGCCACUGCCAAACCAAAGACGACCAAUGUGGUCUCAAAUAAAUGAUGAGCUUAUCUCUGUCCAAGGCCAGUGGUGUUUAUUGACUUUUGGCCUCAAUAAAUCUGCUGAAUUCAAGCCAGA